GGAGGAUUCAGAACCUGCUUUUAGCUACUAAGAGCUCUCAACUACGUUUCCCAAUUGAGACGCUCGGUGGAGGCUGGAGCUGGUCACCAUGCAGCAUCCAUGGACGCAUACCCAGAGGAUACUCCUGGCUCUGUCUCUCUUGCUCUUUCUGGAACCCUUCGUCCAAGGUUUUCCUGCCCGGAGGGCAAGAUUCCAUUGGGUUCGAUGUCGCCCAGAUAGCCUUUCUGCCAACUGCCUUGAAGAAAAGGGGCCGUGGUUCAACAUGCCUGAAGGUGAAGACAAUGGGGUCGUCAAUCCUCCAGUGGAUUCAAAUCUAAUGAAGAGACCCCAGGACACGGCUGAAGAGUCCCUUUUCUCCAAGGAAGAUCCUUGGUCCAUCUCUGGCUCUGCCUCUGGCUCGGGCUCAGGCUCUGGCAGUGGCUCCUUACCUGAGAUGGAAACCGAGCCAAUAGACGAGGAGGAUUUCUACAAUUUCAGCCCCUCGGAAGGUGAGAAUGUGGAACAAGAACUAACAGAGGAAGAACUGCUCAUCUAAACACCGAAGCACACCCCCACGCUGAAGGCUGACCAGACAUCUUCUGGGGAUUCUAGAUAAGAAACAACGAACUCCCGGACAAAGUGCUUUGUGGAAAAUGCACACCUUCUGGAAGAGCUUCAGUCUGUAUCUCUUUUUCUUCAUUACAAAUCUUAACCAAAUGUACAUUUAUACAUGAAUGCAAUCACCAUCCCCUCUUGUUUGCUCACACAUAAAACAUCUUGUCUCCAUGCCUUUGCACAGCUGUCCCCACACCUGGAAUGCAUUCCCUCUUUUUAAUGUAUAUCUCCACCUCUACCUCUAGGAAUCCCUCCAGUCUUCUCUCUUUCCUCAAAAAAUUUUGUAUUCCCUUAUCUAUGAUAAAUGUUCUAUUUCCCCCAUUAAAAUAUAAUCUCUUGGAGGGUAGGAACUGAUUUUUUUUUCUUUGAACCCUUCAGUGCUUUGCACAUAGAUGUGUUUAAUAAAGUUUUCUUAAAUUGAA